CUUUCAUUUUCUUGGAAUUCAUGAAACUUAGGCUCAUAUCAAUGUUUUCACUGCAAGUUGUAACAGUUUUUCCACUAUAUUCAGAUAAGUAAUAUGUAAAAUGAAGAAACUAGUUCUGAUAGCAGUUUUCUGCUUAGUGGCUCAUGAAAAGAUUGCUUGUGGUAGGAUAGUUAAAAGAGAUAACCAACAAACAAGGAGAUGCAAGAACGCUUACGCAGACUUCAAAAACGGGAAACCGGUCAGUCCGGAUAUUCCUGGGUAUGCAACUGAGUUUAGCUGUGAACCAGGGUACGUGAGCAAUAUUCCCCGUCUUAGCGAAAUCAUGUUCCAGUGUACAUUUUACGAUAAGAGCGGAGGAUACAUUUGGUAUUCUCACGACGCACAAUUGGACGGAACAAGUCUACAAUUGAAGGACGUGAACUGUCUUAAAGGAGCCAAGACAUGUGAUGACCCGAAGAAGAUGUUCGCUAGCGAGCUACCAGAGAAUAUGUACAUCACAAUGCUCGCACACCGUACUCUUGAUAUUGUCUUCAAGGGAAACAGCCUUAAACGGGACGGUGCGCUUCCAGGAGAAAAGAUCAAGUUUGAAUGUCAAGAAGGGUUCGUGCUUGAGCAAGAAGGCGCCGAUCCUGACCCGUACAACUACUAUUAUGACUACGGAGAAGACAACAAUGUUGAGUUAACCACUGAGCUUACGUGUGCGGAGGACGGGGAUUGGAAAAGAAACGGUGAUAUAAACAGAAAUGAUAACAACUUCGGUUUGUGCUCGCCAAUAACAUGCGACGCAACGUACCUAGAGGAUUUAAGUAACGGACAUAUUAUCAACUUCCACGAGCAGUAUAAGUUCAACGAGGUAUUAGUGAUUGCGUGUGACUUUGGCUACAAAUCGACGUCUCGAACCAAACUGAAGUGUUUAGAAAAGGACAGUUUCAGAAAGGAGAGCAUAAGAUGCGAAGCAAUACAAUGUCUUGAACCAUCGUUGCCUUUUUAUGGAGACAUUGAACCUAAGCAAAUGAUGUACCGCGUUGGAGACAACUUAACUCAUUUUUGCUUACCCGGAUAUGAUAUGAUUGGAAAAGCUGACUGGACGUGCCAGGAAAACGGGGAAUGGGAUUCUCAGUGCGUUAUCUGCGUGACGAAAGACGACCACUGUCAAUCCCCGUGCAUUUCUCCUGGAGCGAGUGUCCUUCAACAUCCAAAGACGUUCGGUGUUGGCGCUCAAUUGACGUUUACCUGUAAAAAUGGAAGGAGAUACAGUGGAGACUUGAACAGGACGUGUUUGCUUAAUAGACAUUGGAGUGGACGGAGCUUGGAUUGUACAGGAUGGUCGGUGUUCGACAACGAGGUCGGAUUACAAUUGAGACAGUCUCUUAAGGCAAACAUUGAACAAGUCAUGUUAGAGUUGAAUGAGACAGCAGAAAACGACACAAGUGAAGAUGAUGGUCUAAGGGGCCGGAUGAUUAAUGUUGGAAAUGCACAUGGAGUUGAUGUUUAUAUCGUCGUAGAUGUGUCAAAGAGCAUUGACGAUACCGAGUAUAAUAAAACGAGAGAAUUUCUAAAGGCUUUAUUACCAAAUCUUGGUAUAAAUGAUCGCGAUUACGGCACAAGAAUAGCACUGUAUUACUUUGCAUCAACAUCCAAAAAGAUAUUCAAUAGCCAUUACGGAGACCGGGCAUAUGGAGAUUACAGCCAAGUUCAGAAGGAGAUUGAUGACGUAAAUAUCGAUGAAAUACGAAAAAAUAUUGGAAGUGGGACAGCUAUAACCCUUGCCUUAAAUGACAUUGUUAUCGAUAUUGACUCCAAACAUUCAAUGCCUACUUUUCGUGAUGCUCAACAGAUCAUUAUUCUUAUAAGUGAUGGUAAAUUUACUCAAAUGGGUGACCCAAAGCUUGUCGCGGCCUCAAUAAAUGAAAAUAAGAAAGCGGAAAUAUACUCCAUCGCGUUGGGAACAAUACAAGAUACAGAAGCAGGUUUCCAAGUGAUGAAAGAUCUCGCAUCAAAUAUUGAGGGAGAGGAACAUUUUUUCAAAAUCAACGCCGCGAAUGAAGAGGACCUCAAACGUACAAUCGACUUGAUGAUAGAUCCAAAUUCAGUUAGUAAAUCUUGUGGAUCGACAAGAGAGGAUCUUACAGACAUCACCCUAAAUAAAGCCCAGUAUGAUACGCCUGCCAAACGAUACGCAUGGCCGUGGAUGGUUCAGUUAAGAACAGGCGUGGAGCAUGUAUGCGGUGGAUCGCUGAUCAACAACCAGUGGGUUUUGACGGCUGCGCACUGCUUUGGACACGAGCAUUGCAUAAAAAAGAUCCGUUUCAAGGCACUAGAAAGAGAUGCCGCCGCGAACGACCUGGGUUUUUUUGAUCAUGAAAUAACUCUUACGUGCGAAGGGAACAAGCUUGCCACCGGAGAUGACAUUUUUAUCCAUCAAAACUAUGACCCUGACACAAAAGCGUAUGACCUUGCGCUGAUACGCCUUAAAAGCUCCUUAGAGUUUGAUGGAGAUAUGCAUGCGGUUUGCUUUUGGAAUGACGAUCUGAAAGGUGAAUUAGAAAAUUUUGAAUACCAAAACCUUUUUGCAAAAGAUCAAUAUGGUGUGGCCACCGGUUGGGGAUUUAAAGAUACUGAAAUGAAAAUCAAGCCUGAAGUUCUAAAGCAGCUGCAGAUGCCAAUUCAGGAUACAAAUACGUGCUCUGAAAGCUUAAAACGCAUUGCAGAGGAGAAAGACAUAAAAGAGGUUCCUGAACCGGAUUACAAUAUCACGUUUUGUGCUGGAGGGAUGACUAUGAAUGGUGACCAGAAGACGGUCAUAGACACUUGCAUAGGUGACAGUGGGGGUCCUUUUGUGGUCAGCACACCGACAAAGCCAAGCAAAUACAUCCAGAUAGGUAUCGUGUCGCAUGGAUAUGGCUGCAAGAAGCCGGGUAGAUAUGGAUUUUAUACAAAACUGAACACAAACUUCUUGGAUUGGAUUGCUACCACAGUAAAAGAUGAAGAUAAAAAAAGAAACAGUUAAAAUGACCAUUUGCCUGAACGGCCUACACUAUGCUUAUGAAUAUAAUGUCUUAACAGAGCGGGAAGGAUUUAAAUCGGAGGGGAUAUAUGGAGACGUAUAAUUGUCUUUGGGGGUUGGGUUAUGGUUGAAAUCUAUGUAAUUUUAUAUAGAAUUAAUAUGCCUUCCUUUCAUUGUAUAUAUAUAUUAUUUUCUUUAGAUUUUUGUUCCAUUCAACAUAUAAAAGUCUGUGAUAGGAUGAUUGAGACUAUAUGACAUUUUCUGAAAAUUGGUUGUAGGAUUUCGUACAUUUUUGCAUGAUGUUCUAAACUUUCGCAUUGUAUUUUAUUUUGGUUUUUGUUUUACGAAAAAUACAACAUGAGGCAGACUAUUUAUAUCGUUGUCUGUCGUUGAAUUAAUGAAUCCUUUUCACGUUAUCUUAGAUAUCUGUAAAUAUCCACCAUCACCGCCAUAUUGUUCAGUACUUCAUUUCAUAAUCAAUUCGAUAUCCUCGCUUGGUUAAUUUGGUAGUUGUUUUGACAUGCUGUUACGAUGUAGUAUGGCGAAUUCAUUAACGGCGCACAAACUAGGCUGAUGCAAAUAUUUGUAUUUUGUAUGCAUUAACAGUAUGCAAUAUGCCGGAACUGGUUAACAAGAUAUUACAAUACGAAUACAGAUAUAAAGACACAAGCCACACAAACCAGUGUUUAUCUCAUGUAGGAGAUCUUGAUCGUGUUAAUUUCCCGCCAAAAUAUCACAUGACUCAUGACUAUUCAGUGUGGCGUAAUGGACGAAUUCAAGAGCCUCGAGCUAAAAAUAUGAUCUCUUACACAAGUUAUUAUUAUACAAUAACCAACUAAAAUGUAUUAGGAUCACACAGGAAUCCCCGAAUAUGUUUUGAUGAAUUCAUGCUUAUAACCUUUUACAAUCAAAACCCCCCAUAUAUUUCCGUCGAUGAAAAUUCUUUCCGUAUUAGGACAUGGUAUUAGUGGUGUCAUUGUAGCCGUGGUAUUUAGUUAUUGUCCUUAACAGUAUCCAGUACCGGACGUUGAAGGAUGUUUGUUGGUCCAAACUUUACACACUUAUAUUGAACACUGGAAUGCUGGUGUAACGUGACUUUUAACGGGAAGUCAACAGCUGUUAAUAUUACUUGUUGUAACAAAUCAAAUAAAAGUAUUGAAUUCA